UCGUUGUUGACAAACAAGCACCUACAUACACUAAUUCACAAGCAAUUCAAUUCAGAGUCAGCUGAAAGUUUUUGAUUAACCCACGAUAAGGUUGUUUCAUAACAAUCCUUUGACGCGGCUCUCAACAUCAUCAGCACCAAUCAUAGGUAGUAGGCUCUGAAGGUAUUCUCUGGGUCUCGGCACCAAUGAGACCGGACAGAAAGCAGAUCAUCAGCUGUUAGUGGACGAAAAAUACCAUAAUAUUUAAUUAUGCUCAGAUUGACAAGAAACCCCUUGUAUGCUAAUUUCAUCCGUACUACACAGUUAAGAUAUGCGCAUCAAACCAAUCACUAUGAAGUUAUGAAGCUGCAGCCCAAUUGUACACCCAAGGAAAUCCGGGAAGCAUUCAUCAGACUAUCCAAAGAAUUGCAUCCAGAUUCAAACAUAAGUGGAGCUAAUAAGAAAGCAAAUGACAAAUCUUUCGUCCAGCUCUUAGAGGCGUACAAAGUGCUCAGUAAACCGGAGUCCAGGUCGAGCUAUGACUACGAGUUAGCACUCAGAACUCGGCCACAAAACCAUGCAGGAGGAAGGGAGAAUAUACAACAUCAACAUUGGUACCCAAAUACUGUUAAUAAUCGAAAACCGGAUCCAGAUUCAUACUACGGACUAAAAGGCAUUAGAAAGGUUAGCAACUGGACAAUCGUUUUCUAUUGUAUGGUGUUUAUGGCCCUAGGAAUAAUAGCACAAGUGUUCGCCAUAAGCACAUCUUUCACCUUCAGUAGAGAACAGUUGGAGGAAGAUUCUCGAAAAAACGGUCUCAUGCUUGCCAAAGCUCGAGCCGAAGCCGAAAGUCAAGGAAAUGAAGCACAGCUCGAACGCAUGAAGACAGCGUUGAACAAAGAAACUUUGUGGUAAUUUCAGUCAAACGGAUGGUAUUUUAUUGUGUACAUAAUUCGGUUACAGAUUACGCUGUCAUUUGUGAUAUGAUCUAUAUUUUUCAAAUGGAUUUGAUAAAUAUAUAGCCAACAUCUACUAAAUAAA